GAUGACUUAGCGUCUGAGCAGUUGAAGAUGGCUGAACUCUUGUGCAAGUUCCGUAUUGACUUUAGUGAUGUAGUGAUGAUCCCAGAUGUCCAAAAGAAGCCAAGGGAGGAAUCAGUGAAUGAAUUUAAUAACCUUAUCAGCAAAUUUGAAGUUAUUCCAGAAGGGGAAAAUGAAGAAGUUGAAAGAGAAGACAAGGAAGGCUGCAUCACAGAAUCAGAGCUGGUUGCUUUGCGUGAGAAAACCAACCGACAUAUUCGUCUGAAAGAGCUUCUGCUACAGCAUUCUAAACAAGCUUCCUUGAUUGUGAUGACAUUGCCAAUGCCAGUGGUGGGGACAGUAUCAGCACCUUUGUACAUGGCUUGGUUAGAGACCCUUACCAAAGAUAUGCCACCCUUCUUACUGCUGAGAGGAAAGUCUUCUGUGCUGACCUUCUAUUCUUAAGCCAUUUUUUGUGGAUAGCUGGUACUGUUUGAUAUUCAUUCAUUGUGUCACCUGGGCAUUUCACCUAAUCAUCAAAUAUGUUUGUGUUGUUAUAAUUGUGUUAUGUGCAACUCAUCCAUCUCACAGAUAUUUUUUCCUUUCAACUUUUGUCAUUCACACUCAGUAGUCAUUCCAUUCACAGACAGCCCAGAAUUGGUAUCACUCAUAGAAAACUAGUUCCUCUGGGUUUUUUUUCUCUGCAGAUAUGGAGAUCCUAGUCUGUGAUCUUCUAGUUGUAUAUACAAGUACAUGAAUACUGAUAUAUAUCUGAAUAAUUAUUAGUGAGGGUACUAGCUUACAAGAGCCUAAGGUAACACCAGAGUGGUGAAGAAAGAGUGAAUCAUCUUGCAAAAUAUUUGAAACUGCCAAGAAAUUGCUUACUUGUGGUACCCUGGAUACACUUUUAGAAGUGUGAGUAGAGGAAAUCUGAGAGAUUUGUUUCUAGAAAAUGAAGAUCUUGGAAUGUUGGUGCUUUGCACUUUGACAUUACAUGGAAUUUGAUCCAAGUCCAUCCAAGAACAGUUUAUCUUAAAGUUGGAAGUGAGGUAAACAAGUGUUUUUCUAAAAAGCAGGUGAAAGGACUUUAGCCAGAUGACAAUAAAAACUUUUUAGUUGAGGAAAAUAACACUGUAGAUAAGCUUUUAGGUUAGAAUUUGUUAAACUUGUAUAAAAGACAUAGCUUUGUAAACCAUUGCAUCUUUAAUGUAGAUUCCUUUACAUCAAGAGUAAAUAAGUUAAGGAAGAUAUCGGGAGACAACAAGAGCACUUGUGCAUUGAGAACUGAAAGGAAAUCAGUUAAAAAUUGCUCACUAAUGUAACUGGUGAUCAUUAAUGCUCACAUAUAAUGAUUACAUUUACAAAUUUGUACGGAAUUUCAUAGUUUUUUCAAGAAUUCAGCACAUCAGCAUAAUACAGUUGGUUGAUAAAAUUAGGGAAAUUGAAAUUGUAUGAAUCCUUCAUAAUAUUAUCACUGUUCUGUUUAGAAGUUGGAUUUAUAUUCUUGCUAAAUCAUUUUUCUUUACAUAAUUGGUUGUGUAAGGUACUGUUUUGUUACCAAAGUAAUUGGAUAUGGUUUUUGGUAUGGAAUCAAGUGUAUUACACUUGUGUAUGAUAAAAAAUUAAAAACUUUUCAAUUGUGUUGCAAUCAUUCUUUGUUUGAAUGCAUCCGUAGUAUGCACUUGACAAAAUUUUCAUGUAGAAACCUCUUCAAUUCAACUUAAAUUUUGUGCUGAUCAGAGUUUUUGUUGAAUGUCUCGCACAAUCAAGUAACUGACCUUACAUAGGCGCCAUUUAACAAUUACUGUACUUCUUAUUUAUUCUUCAACAAUUAUAUAAACUGUUUACUUCAUAUUUUUGUACUAUAGGUUUUAGUAUAAACAGGCUGUAUAGUGUAAUUUAUGAGUGAAUGCAAUGAUAUAUUGUACAUAAAUAUAUAGUAAUAUUUUUGCAAGUUUUAUCCGACCAAUUAAAAUAAGAUCGUUCAGACAGAUCCUAAUUCACACAGAUUUACAAAAUGUCAGUCGUUACAUGAAAGUGAUGAGCCGUUUGAUGUCUCAUUUCUCAAAAUAUAUUUGGUAACAUACGUCGUCAUUCCUUUAAGCUUCUAAAGUGUAUCAUGUAUCCACAUUUGUUGCUUGAAAAUCUUUGUAUGGUACUUCUAGAUAGUCUUCCCUGCAUCAGGUUCUCAGAAUUUCUGUUUACAAUUGCCAUACAUUCAAGGCAGGCCAAACUACAGUCAUUGAAAAUAAUUUAGAUGCCUUAACUUUUUUUAUCUAUCACUAUUGCUGACACCUUCCUAAAAUUUUUAAUUCGUCUUUUGGCUGAAUUUGAUGGGCAAUCUGUUUGGAUUUGAAUCUUGGUGAACAUAUUGAAUGUGAAAAAAAAAGUAAUCAGUCUCAAAAGAAUAUUCAUUUGGGGAAGACUCCCCACAAAGUAUAAUGUGCUACAGCUUCGUCCUGAAGAGUAAAGAUCAGUGGUGCUUAGAAGUGAUAUUGUUAUGAGCAAAUAACCUCAUUUUAUUGACACGGUAUUUAGUACCAUGUGUCUGUAUUUCUUGGUUUUGUUGUUUUAAAUUUACUCACUGUGUACAGUUGAUAUUUAGAGAAUGUUACAGGAUAUUUUUUGAAGAUUUAUACUAGUUUAAAAAACAUCUACACUAUCACAAAGUUGUGACAAACCCUAAAUUAACUGGAAAAAAUCAAGAUAGUUUAAGUAUACUACUGUCGUUUUUUCCUACAAACGCCAAGUCAAGACAUGGUAUGUUUUGUUACAAAAUGCAAGAUUUGUAAUAUAUUUUUAUGGAAAGAAAUUUGAAUUAAAAUUUCGUAUCAAUUUAAUUUACUCUGUAAUCAGAAUAGUUUUGGAAUGUAAAAUAAAUUAAUUUCUUUUA